AUGGCGCCGGAUAUCCGUGGCGAUGCCGACAGGAGGCGAUGGGCGGCGGUCGGCGAUGAGGAUCUGGAGGCGGCGUGGAGGCGGGCGCGGGCCGAAGCUGACAUCCGCAGACGCAUCGAUCGCGGCGAGCUGGCACUUUCAUGGACGCGGUGGGCUGGUAUGAUGGCACGAGAAGCUACCCGUGGCUGUGUGGCUUGGCUGGUGGCGCCGGUCGGUAAGGCGCGAGUCAAGGGCUCGGAGGCCGGCAUUGAGGCCGACGACGGCGGCGAGGCGAGCGAGCGUGGGCAGACGUACGUGCGGUGGCGCGGCGAGAGCGGCGACGGUGGGCAGAUGGGCGCAAGUUCUGCAUCGGUGACAGUGGCGUGCGUGGCAACUGCGAGCAGGUUCCCGCCUCGAGUGGCGAGCGAGGCGGCGAAGCGGGCGCGGGCGUACUGCGCACGGCACAUGUACACGUGCGAGGUCGAUGUGGGCGUCAAAGCGGCGUUUGGCCUCCACGGCCAUGUGCUACAGGCGCGGGCUGUGGCGAACUGGUACGCCAAUGCCAGCACCGAGUGGCUCAUCUGGCUUGACGGCGACGCGCUUGUCGCGCGGCUCGACGUCUCAUGGCCUACGAUGCUGGCGGAGCUCGACGCGGGUGCCGAUGCCGGCCUUGUUCUUGCCCGCGACUACCGCGGGCCGUCGACCGGGGUCCUCGCGUUGGCGCGUGCAUCGCCGCUGGCGGCCGAGAUUGUGGCCAGCCUCGCACGUGCAGGCCCACACGCUAGCCUGGGACAGCUAGUCCGCGGCGAGCUCGGGGCUGGCGACGGGGUGGCGUGGGUCUCGCAGCGUGGCCUCGCCGGGUACCCGGCUGCCGCGCUUGAUGGGGCCGUCUAUCUCGCGGGACACUCAUUUACGGUGCAUCUCGGACGGGUGUGCGGCCAGCCGCCAUGGGAUCGCUGCCUGGAAGCACUCGAUGAGGUAGUGGAGGGAGUGGGUGGGUUAGGGUGAGGAGCUCGCCACACUCAGUUGCGGCGCAUCUUGGAAAUGAGCGACUUGACCUUUGUGCCCGCGCCCGAACCGAGGUCUGCGCCCUCCUGCUUCUCGAUGGCGUUCUGCUCGCGGAUGGCCUCUGCCACGAUGGUCUGGUUGAUUUCUAGGACCAGGCCACCCAUGACCAUUUCGUCCAGGAUGUAGUGGACUCUGUCUGCGUGGAAGAUGAUGUCCAGCUCCGAGACGUUCUCAAAGCACGCGUCGAGGGCCUCGACAAAGGCGUGGAUGAGGUCGAGAAUACCGAGGUCCGACUCGGACGAGUCAACCACAAAGAUGAAGAAGAGCGUGGCA